AUGUCGAUCUUGCUGUUCUUCUUCUUGGCAAUCUGCUUGCCAGAGCUUAUGCUCUGCACUGAGAAAGCUGAGGCGUUGCAUGAAAUCAAUCUUCAUAGUAAGUAUCCUUUUCUGGCUUCUUAUAAUGGGGCCUUAUAUAUUUGCCGUACUUCCAUUUUUCGUGUGGGCGCAUAGUACACAGGUAUCAUAAUGCCAUUCCUGUCUACUAUUUAGUUCUCAGACAUGUCAAUGUUGUACUUCGAUUUUAUCCUUGAUUCCUAUGUUUUGGGUAUGGUAAUGUAUCAUAAUGAGUUUGAAAAAAAAUGAAACUAAAAUUUAAACCAUGGAUUAAAUUGAACCAGAGCAUCAACAACAACAAAAAAUGACGAAAGAAUUCUUGGCAAAACAUUUCUGCUUAAUGCUUGUGUUUUGUCUGCCUGAGGGGUGGGGAGUAUAAUUUUUUGUGUGCCUUAGAGCCUAAGGGCUACUUUCGUAAGAUGAAUUUUUGAAAUCAGCUUGCAUUUUACCAUCAGACUUAAUGUUCCAUUUCGAGCCCAUCGAUGACCAAUUUGGCAAACUUAAAGAUCCAAACUUUCUGAGUGGAUAAAACAACUAAGGGAAAAAUACCUUUCGUACCUUUUGACAAGUAUUUAUUGACAAUAUAUCUUUAUAAUAUUUAAGCUUCAAACUACAGUGUGUCCAAAGCAUAUACACGGAUAAUUGGAGGAAAACAAGCCUUUCAAGGAGAAUAUCCCUGGCAGGCUGCAUUAGUGUGGCCUGAUAAGUCCAGAGGCAUCUUCUGUGGUGGAAGCUUGAUAAAACCAAGUUGGGUUCUAACUGCAGCCCACUGCGUGCUAAAGGAAGACGGAAGUUUCGAAAGGUUUCUAGUAAGGUGUGUACGUGAGUACGGUCCGAAUAUUUGUAAUCAAUAAAAGUUGAGCAAAUGUUAAAAAAUAUGGAAAAAUGAGAAAAUAUUGGAUUUAAGGAUAGUUAAAAAUUAGAAUUUAAAGUGAAUAAUUAAUAGACAAUUAAAGACCAGACAGUCUGCCACCACAAUAAGGUGGCCCUGAGCCAAUAGGCCAUUUGCACUAAGAGGUCAUGUGACAUCGUUUUUAUGAAAAUGAAAGUUGCAUGAUUUUGCCUUCAAAAAAUGAUUAGUGAACACAAAUUUUGCAGUUAAACUUCAAGGAAAAUUUUGAAAAAACGAUGUGGCAACGUUUACAGCACAUCUGAGCGUAACUAUCAAAAGUUUAACAAGAUGUAAGCAAAAAGUAGUUUUGGCCCCCAUGUUGGAGGGCAAGAGUAUGCCCUCCAACAUGGCGGCCAAUACAAAUCAUACUACUUUGUUGAAAAAUCAAAGUGCCAUAAAAUAUCUCCCUUAAAUGCUUUUCCUCUCAAAUUUUGGGUGUAACAUAAUUUUUAUGUGCUCUGUCAAUUUUUGGCAUCAGCAGGACUCCAACUAAUUGUUUAAGGAAGUAUUGGUCGCGUGACCUCUUAGUGCAAGUGGCCCAUUAGCGAACUAACUGGUUUACGUGUAUACUCUCUUUUAUCCUUCUUUCCUUCAUUCCCAAUUCAACUCCAAUUCCCCCUAAAUUCAACUGUUAUCCCCUUUAAGACAAGAGACCACUUUUCAUAACCAUUGUUCGUUUUUUUUGUUGUUGUUUUGUUUGUUUGUUUCUUUAUUUGUUUUUUUUGUAGAUAGAAUUAAGUAUUACUUAUAGCCAAAUUCUUCGAGGAAUUUUGGGUUUUUCUGUUCCGUCAAUCAUCUUAGCGGACCUCUUAGGAAACACAUCUUUACUUGUGAUUGGUGCAUUUCGAUCCACUUUGUUUGAUUCUGUGUUUUAAGGUUCGUUGCUUGUGGUCGCCUUGUUUCGGGCAAUAAUCGACUAGUAUUCUUCGAAGAUUUUUCCGAUCAUUCUUAUUCUUGUCUCUUGCCCUCGACAAAAAGUCCACUCAUCAUCGCGAUUUCCUUCGCUAUGCUUUAACAGUCUGGCCCUGGAGCCAUUCUCAGUUUUGUUUUUGCAUGCCAAGCUAGGCGAGUGCUUUGCAUUGUGAUUUGCAUUAACUCCGCCCCCACUCAAAUGAUUGACGGAACAUAAAAACUCAUUCGAAGUUUGCAAACUCGCAGCGCGAUACAACGAAUUUGGCUAUAAAACUAACAUAACAGAACUAGAUUUAAAAAACCCGUUGCUUAGUCCACAUAUGUAGACUGCGCACCACGAAGGGCUCACAGCAAGGUGCAAGCCAUCGGUUCCACAAAGAUACGUUACGCGUAACGAAGCCGUAAGGACGUCUGCGUAUCGAAGGAGCUUAGCUGGUCAGCAGUAUUACCCUGUCUCAACCAAAUAAGAAAGUGCCCUCCGCUGGUAUUAUAUCAGGGAGCUUAAGGAACGGCAACGGCAACGAAAACGGCAAAAAAGCAAUAACCGUAGAUUAACAAAACAACAACUUUGAACGUGCAUCACGCUUUUAUUCUACAUUUCGUUGCCGUCGUUGCACAACAACAACGUAAAAGUGACUA